CCGGAAGCCAAAGUGACGACAGGCGAUGUUUGUUGUCAUAUCUGUUUUUGUUGUGAAGAGCAAAGGCGAGGAUCAGCUUUGCUCGGAAGGACCUAUGGUGAACAUUAUAGAGAGGUAGAAUGUAAAACACGAUGGCUGGUUUUGAAACGUACCAGGAGUAUCAUCGAAUAGAAGAUUAUGAUGAAGACUCGCCUCCAGGAGAGGAAGAUUUACUCAUCCACGUGCCAGAGGGCAGAGGAGACCCAUGGCAUCAUAUCAAGAACCUUGACAAUUUCUUCACUAGAAUCUAUCAUUUUCAUCAGAAGAAUGGAUUCGCCUGUAUGGUGUUAUCAGAGUUUUUUGAACUUGUGCAAUUCCUGUUUGUGGUCACGUUUACAACUUUCCUCUUCAACUGUGUGGAAUAUGAUGUUCUCUUUGCAAACCGAGUGGUCAACCACACGGGUCAGAGCCUCGGUCCACUGGACAGAAACAAGGUCACCCUUCCUGAUGCGAUUUUACCCAGCGAGCAGUGCACUGAGAGGAUUCAAGGAAACAGCUGGAUCAUCUUUCUCUUGAUAAUGGCAGGCAUUUUCUGGCUCUAUCGCCUCGUGAAGGUGAUCUGCAACGUCCUCAGCUACUGGGAGAUCCGGCAGUUUUAUAAAAAAGCACUGAAAAUACAGAUGGAUGAGCUGUGCAACUUCACGUGGCAAGAAGUUCAAGGGCGUUUGAUCGACCUGCAGCGUGAGCAGCCCAUGUGCGUCCAGAAGCGGGAACUUUCCGAACUGGACAUCUACCACCGCAUCCUGCGCUUUAAAAACUACACGGUGGCCAUGAUCAACAAGUCCCUGCUGCCCGUCAGACUGCGUGUGCCCUUCUUCGGCGACAUGAUUUUCCUCACGCAGGGCCUAAAAUACAACUUUGAGCUCAUUCUGUUCUGGGGCCCUCUGUCACUCUUCCAGAACAAGUGGAGUCUGCAUCCUAAAUACAAACGGGCGGCAAACCGGCAGGAGCUCGCCAAGCAGCUUGGCCGCAUCAUACUGUUGACCGGUCUGGUCAAUCUGCUGCUGUGUCCUUUCGUGCUGGUGUGGCAGGUGCUGUACGCGUUCUUUAGCUACGCUGAAGUCAUCAAGCGCGAACCGGGAAGUUUGGGGGCCCGGCGCUGGUCUCUGUUCGGCCGUCUCUACCUGCGCCACUUUAACGAGCUGGAUCACGAGCUGCAAGGCAGGCUGGGUCGUGGGUACAAACCUGCCGCCAAAUACAUGAACGCUUUCGUUUCUCCUCUGCUGGCGGUGCUGGCCAAAAACGUGGCUUUCUUUUCCGGCUCGGUGCUCGCCGUGCUCAUCGCUCUGACAGUGUACGAUGAAGACGUGCUGACCGUGCAGCACAUCCUGACAGCCAUCACCGUACUUGGCGUGGUCAUCACCAUCACCAGGUCGUUUAUUCCAGAUGAACAUAUGGUGUGGUGUCCUGAACAGCUGCUUCAGUGUGUCCUGGCCCACAUUCACUACAUGCCCGACCACUGGAAGGGAAACGCCAACAAGAGCGAGACCCGCGACGAGAUGGCACAGCUUUUCCAGUAUAAAGCGGUCUUUAUAUUGGAGGAGCUUCUGAGUCCCAUAAUUACCCCCUUCAUCCUCAUCUUCCACCUGCGGAGCAAAUCCUUAGAAAUCAUCGACUUCUUCCGCAACUUCACCGUCGAUGUGGCAGGGGUGGGAGACAUUUGCUCAUUCGCCCAGAUGGACAUCCGGCGCCAUGGAAACCCACAGUGGAUGUCCGAAGGUCAGACCGAGGCCUCGGUGUACCAGCAGGCUGAGAACGGGAAGACGGAGCUGUCUCUGAUGCAUUUCACCAUCAAAAACCCGCGCUGGCAGCCGCCGCAGGAGAGCUCGGUCUUCAUCAGUCACCUGAAGGAGAAGGUGCACCAGGACGCUCAGACAGGACCAUCUCCUCACCUGCUGCUGUCCGAGGCUCCUCUCUGCACCUCGCUGCUGUCCGAUGAGUCUGCCACGGCUCCUGAUAAUCUGUUAGCCAGUGUGUUGGCUCACUCCGGACUGCCUGGGAGGAACCGCCGCUUCAUCCCGGCGAGCAGCACGGCUUCAGCUGCCGCUAGUGUCCUGGCGUCCCUUUCGUCGUCUCAGCAGCCUCACGCCGGCCGGUCUCGCUCACACACCCUCCUGCCAUCCCGACAGAGCCAUGACGACACCAUGUACUGCAGCGACCACACUGUGGGCGACAGCAUGUCUGCAAGUGACUCCAGGCUGCUCAGCCAGUCUUAUUCGGGCCUGGCGUCAGAGUUCGCAUCAGCCGAGAUGAGCCUGCACGCUAUAUACAUGCACGAGGUGCAUCAGCUAAAGACCCAGCAUGCAUCUGGACCAUUUCAGACCUCUGUGCCAAUGAGGGAGAUGAGCACAAACAGUGCUCAAGGUCCUCAGAUACAGUCUGCACAGACAGUUACCUUGGUGCCGCCCGCGUCUGGCCGCUUGGGCGGCUGGGCUGAAGAGGAAGAGGAGGAGCAUGCAGACGAGGAAGAGAUAAAUACCAACCCUGUUCUGAAUGAGUCCAGCAGAGGGAGCAGCUGAAGUGCCUUUAACCUUUAACAUUUUUGUUCAUUUCUGGGAGUUGUGGCCGUUUGACGCUCUUUGAUCAAGCAUGUUGGGACGCCACACCGAGCAUGUCACUCAAGGAGCUCGUCAGAGCCGUUCGGUUCUCUGGACGCACCGUCUCCCAGUUCAGAGACAUAACGGACUGCCACUUCCCCUCCCUCGUCACGUCAGUCACAUUUACAUUUCAGACUGCUGUGUGUUUGUGUUGGAGUGUGUGUUGGUUUUGUUUAUGACACAACAGGGUGACACUUGUUUUACAGUAUUUAUUUCCAUUUCAUUUUCUUUCAUGCAACGUUUGUUUUAUUGGGUUAGAGCACGUUACGUUCUCAAGUCUUUGAUUCGAAGGCGAGUCGUGCAGUAUUUAGUUUCGAAGUGCUGCCUCGGUUUGCAGGAUGAAAACAUCCUUUUAUCGUAGUAUUGCUAGUUUCAUUUUUGCAUUACAGCAUCGGCGGACAGAAAAUAUCACUGAAUGUAAAAUCAUAACCAGUUGCCUCGUGAAAAAAAAAAAAUGUCACAAAGUUAUAAACCAUUUUUGUUUUUCUUAAAGAAAAUAUAAUAUAUAGACUUGGGGAUAAUUUUCGCUUAAAGAAAUGUUUAAUUUAAAUUGAAAGUAAUUUGCAUUUGCGAAUAAAAUAACCUCUUAGCCUGGGAUUAAAAAAAGGUUAAAUUUAAACGGGGAAAAAAAGAUUUUAGCAAUAAAACUCAUCACACUUUAUCAAAAUAAAUAAAAAUGAAGUCUUAAUUUUGCAUUUUUUCUAAAAUGUAGGUCUGUCAUGAGCAUUUAAUCUACAGCAACAAAUAUAUUAAAACAUCUUAGAUGACCGUAUGACUGCAUUAAAGGAUUUUCCUUAUUUAAACUAUUCUAAAGCUAUAAGAAUGAUUAACUACCAAUGUGGAAAAACCAAUAAACUUGUUCAAAUGAAAGCAUUUAUUUAAAAGCCAGACAUUAAUCCCAGUUCACAGCCAUUGAAAUAUUAUUUCUAGACUACGGUACUUGUUCAGCUUGUAAACAGCAGAUUAGCACAUUAUUUAUCCACUUAAGAAGUUCAAUUGAAACACUUUAAGGUUAAAGUCAGUUUGAAGGUGUUAGUGUUGUGUUUUUGAGCUCGGUUUAGGAUUUGUGCUCUGUACCCAACCAAUAACAGUCUCUUCCAGCGUGUUGAAUGAAAUAUUACACAUCUGACAGAUGAUCUUUCAAGCCGAAUCCCAACAUUCAUCAAGUUAAGCAGUUAAUGUCACGUGUCCCAGUCCGUGUCAACCCAGAUCUGUAGGGUAUGAGUUACUUCAGUCAGGUUUCAAACUAGAAUCUCCCGUUAUCCAGAACAAAAUAGUUAUGUUAACUAAUGUGCUCUCUCAAAACGUUCGUCUCUGUAAUAUAUCACUGUCACGAGAGCCUAAGGGCUUUGACAGUUUAAACAUGGUGUAUGACACUCAGGUCAGAGAUAUACCCACAAUUCAAGUGAAACACUGAACUUCCUGUGGCCGGAGCGUGUCAGAAGCUUUCAGAAAUCAUCUACUUGAAAUACUGCAGUUAGAGAGUAGCUUAAAGCGUAGUUAAUAAAGAUAACACAUCCAUAUCAUACCCACUGAAAUACCUCCGGAUGUACCUUAAGACCGUGUAUGUACAGUAUUUAUUUGUGUGGGACGUUAUUGAGCGAACGCAAUCAGGAUGUAGUUGCAGACGUGCUGUUUGCAGAGGGUUUUUUCCACACAAGACUGAACUGCGUAAGUGAAACACAUUGUUUUAUAGCUCUGUAAUCGUAAACAGUCUGGGGGCGGACUGUGCCAGGUGCUAUAUAUAUAUAUAUAUAUAUAUAUGUAUAUUUAAUUUGUUUCGAUAUUUAUCUCUUUUUGUUGGAUUUUGACUUUUUUGUCUGAUCAAAAUAACACUAUCAAUAAAUAAACCAUAGCAAAAUCUG